AUGGCAGACUCGGAUGGCGAGCUUGUGGUCGACGACGGCUCUGAUGACGAACUUGUUGGGCAGUCGGGUGGCGCACGCGGUGCAGCCGGCGGGGGGCGGUCGGGCAAGGGCGGGGUUGAGGGUGGCAAGCGCAAGAAGAAAGCCAGCAAGGCGGCAUGGGAAGAUCUACAAAGAUCAUGGGAUGUGGUCCACGAGCUGGAUGAUGGUAACCUCUCUCUGGAGGGCUUUCUCGAGGCCGAGAAGCGUCGGCGCGUGCUCCGUGACACGACGCCCAUCCAGCGUGGAAUCAUACGGCACCUGGUCUUGGUCAUAGACAUGUCCUUUGCCAUGGCGGAGAAGGACCUGAUGCCGACGAGGCACCGCCUGACCAUCUCGUACGCCAUCGAUUUUGUACGUGAGUACUUUGACCAGAACCCCAUCAGCCAGCUGGCCAUCGUGGGCAUGCGCGACAGCAUAGCCGUUCGGAUCUCGGAUUUGAGCGGGAAUCCGGCGGAACACAUUGAGAAGCUCAGGGCGUUGCCGGACCUAGACCCUUCUGGAAGCCCUAGUCUACAGAACGCUCUAGAGAUGUGCCGGGGCGCAUUGUUCAACACCCCCUCACACGGAACCCGGGAGGUGGUCAUAAUAUUCGGCGCAUUAUUAUCACUCGAUCCCGGCGACAUACAUGAGACGAUUGAUGGGCUCAUGGCCGACAGGAUACGAGUGUCGGUGAUUGGGCUAGCAGCCCAAGUCUAUAUCUGCGAGGAAAUAUGUCGAAGAACAAACUCUGGCAAGGCGGCGGCAGAUCUAGGAAUUGUUACAGACACCGACGGAUCGGCAUACAACGUAGCUCUCCACGAGGUGCACUUUCGGGAGCUGCUGAUGUCGGCUACGAGACCCCCGAUAACACGGCAAAGCCAACUCCAACAGGCAACGGGAGAGGCUGCUUCCCUCCUAAUGAUGGGCUUUCCCUCGCGAAAGACGGACAAGGACCCCGCUCUGUGUUCAUGUCAUAAUCGACCUGUGCGAAACGGCUUCCUGUGCACACGAUGUGGAUCAAGGGUUUGUCGUCUGCCCUCCGAGUGCCCCGCAUGCGGCCUGACGCUGAUAUUGUCCACGCACCUGGCCCGAUCGUACCACCACCUCUUCCCGCUGAGGGUAUGGACCGAAGUGCCAUGGGCCGACGCCGGUCGCAGCGUCUCCUGCUUUGCAUGCCACGCACCGUUCCCCGAUGUCAAGAAUAAGGACAAGAACAAAGAUGCGGACAAGAGCAAGAACGCUGAGAAGGAGGGUGCCGGCGACAAACACCUCAAGGUUCCCAGCAAGGAUGUGAACGGCAAAAAGAAGAAACCCGCACCACCUGUGCCCAAAGGUGUGAGUGAGAGCGGGAGAUAUAUGUGUCAGGUGUGUCGGCAUCACUUCUGUAUUGAUUGCGACGUAUUUUCCCAUGAGGUGCUACACAACUGCCCUGGAUGCCAGAGCGAUACUCGAGGCGACCUAGCUGCGACGAACGGCAAAGGAGCCACCAACGGAGCUGCUAGCAAUGGUGUUUCCCAGGAUUCCAACGGGGCCAUGGUGAUUGACUGA